UGAGGAAAAAAGAAUAGGCCAGAGAAUUAAUGAAUUCUCGUCGCUGAAGAGAUGUGUAAAGGCUUAGAAACCCGCCGGCAGAACUUCAACGCUCCGGGCUUCGAGGCCAUUUGCAGCAUUUUCUGCUGGGCCGCCUCCUCCCUCUUCCCUCCAAUCCCAGGCAUCUCCCGGCGGCGGAGCGAGGCGGCGGCCAUUGCGGACCAAUGCGCCAUUUCGUAACGCGGCAGCGGAUCAAUGUCAAUGUGGCCGCCGCCCGCCUGCUCGCUCGCCCGGAUGUGCCUGCUCGUCCCCUCCCCUCCCCCACCGCCUCCUCCCAACCGCUCCCGCCGAGGCCCGCCAUGCCGCCCUCGGCCUCGCUUCCGAGACCGCGCAACCGGCGGGCCAGCUCCCCUCUCGAGGCCUCCCCAGCCACGCCGCGCCUCCGAGGGGCCACCUGGGCAGCCGAAGGUUGCAAGAAAGCCCUCUAGGCCCCUCGGAUCACCUCUCUCGUUCCCAAAUGCCAGGGACCGGUGUCUGACUGGCGCCCAUCUGAGAGGGCACGUACUGGAAAUCCCUGCGACACCGACUAGUGUGAAUCGUGGGCACCUUGGGCCUCAAAACGCGGCUGACACACUGAAUUGUUACCCUUAACAACCUGAGGCGGGACUGGUGGAGGUCAGUUCAUUAGGUACUCACUGAUCUCCAGAAAUAAAUAUUACAUAUCGGGACUAUUUUCUAAUGCUCUUCUUUCUUGUUAGCGUGGAAAGCUGCAACAUCUGUUUGGCGGACAGAAUUUAAGGAAUUGAGUGAUUUGUAUGUGCUUUUAAAAAGUGGGGUCGCCGGCUUUUCUGAAGAUAGUUAUCUCACUUGAUUAUACACAGUUACAGAUUGAACUCCUUGUUCUACUUUCCCCCCUUUCUCGCUACUGCAUUUGACUAGUCUAAAAAAUUUUUUUUUUUCAAAAAGUGGGGUCGCCAGAUUAUUUCUGCCUGUUCCCUAGUGACUUUUACUUUAAUGUGAUCACCUGUGUCCAAUUGUGUUGCGAAGUAUAAUGAACGGAAUGAAUCAGAGUUAAAAACUAGAGAUCUAAUCCUUUCUCAGCCUAGUCAAGUGAUUUGAAAUCAUUUGACUUUACUGGGCUUUAGUUUUAGUUUUUUAAAUGAAAAUAGGGAUAGUAUUGGGUGAUCUUCCAACACCCAUGACAGCAAUACAUAAUCUGUGGACCCAUAUUUAAACAAAGUUAUAAAAAUAACCUCAAUUGACAGGUCUACCUUCACUGCUAGGAAAUGCUUUAUAUUUUCUUUAGCAAUCCAUUUGACCAACUCCUUUAGAAUUGAACUCGCCCUCUCUUGAAAAGAUUAGAAAUCCUAUCAGUUAUAUAGUAAAUUGUUUGAAAAAAGUUUGUGUUAACAAAUGGGGAGUAGUCAUCUUGGAGUUUGGAAAACGGGAGUACAAAGAGUAAGAAUUUGUUAGGUAGGGUUUUUAUACAAGAAAGAUAAAGUGAAUUAAGCCUUAAAAAAUAAUUUGUUGAUAUUUAUCUACCAUUGUCCAAGGAGGAAAUUUUGGAAACAUGAACAAAGGAUACUCUGUUGUGAGGCAGAAACCAGUUACCAGGCCUUAAGGUAAUUUGGUUGAGAUAAUGUUCAAACUAGCCUCCUCUUGUUGCUGAUUCCAUUAUCACAAGCAAACUUUUAUUUAUGGAUUCUGCUUAUCAGGUACUCCUGAUAGCCAACAACAGACUUGAGACAUUAGAAAAAUUUAUAGCCUUAGUGUCUUCUUAAUAUCAAGAUUUUUUUGUGAAUCUGAUAACUAUGAUAUAGUCCUGACAAACUUGAUCAAUUCUGGGUACAUAUAAAAAUACAAAGUUAAAGACUUUACUCUUUUUUUUUUUGAGA